AUGAUAUUACUACCAAAAUUCUUCCAUUCAGAAGCUCAUGCAAAAGUCACCAUUGACGAUGAUACUGGUUACUUUGUUGAUCCACAAGGAUUUAUUAAAUUAUUUCAUGGAAUCAACUGUGUGCAUAAAGUCGCACCAUUUUACUUUCCAAAACUACUUGACCCUCAUUCAUUCAGAGUACUUAGAGAUUGGGGAAUUAAUGUUAUACGCUUAGAAUUCAACUGGAUAGCAAUAAAACCACAGGAAGAUGAAACCAGUCAACACUACUUAGAUAUUAUUGAAACGAUUAUCGACAAUGCUGGAUUAUAUGGAGUUUAUAUCAUCAUUGAUUUGCAUCAAGAUGGAUUAUCGAAACGUCUAGGUGCAAUUGAUGCUGUGCCUAAUUGGUUUAUGGAUAAAAUGAAGCGACCACCAUAUUUAUUCCAAUACCCUUGGCCACUAAAGAAAGAUCCAGGUAAAUAUGACUGGUUUCUAACGUACGCCACAUAUGAGAGUGCACAUGUAUUUGAAAGUAUAUAUAAAAAUGUUUCAGGAAUAUGGAAUUAUUUUGCAGAAUAUUGGAUGAUAACAACUAGUCGUUUCGGGAAGAAAGAUAAUGUUUUAGGUUAUAAUUUGAUAAAUGAACCGGCACCUGGAAAUGUUUAUAAAAAUCCAUUCGUUCUUUUGCCUAAUAAUGCAGGUCACAGUCUCUUAUCAUUUUAUGAUUAUUUGGUAAAUGUUAUUCGCCAAGCAGACAAGAAUACAUUGAUAUUUUACGAGAGUGUAACUUAUGGAAUAUAUUUUCCAUUUGUUAAUGGACUACCUGGUACUGGUAUCCAACGUGUUCCCGGUCUAUUACAAGAUGAGACGGCCAGAAAGAAGAGUGUAUUAUCUUAUCAUUACUACUGUUGGUUAUUGGAAUUGACACUAUCUACAGAGAAUAUGCCAUCAUGGAAACGAUAUUUGUGUGAUAAACUUCUCUUGAAUUAUGCAUUCAAUAAUGUUAGAAGUAUAGUUAAAUACACUGGUGGAGGACGCUUUUUAACAGAAUUCGGUCGGUGUACUCCUGAUGGCAAUCCAGAUUCAAUAAAUACGGUUGAAUGUAACACUGUGAUGAAUGCAGCCGACAGGAACUUCGAAUCCUGGACUUAUUGGGACGAAUAUGAAUUAUUUCCCGACUUAAAUAUAAGUAACUUUUUCUUGAGAUCAUUCAGUCGUACAUAUCCACAAUCAACUGCCGGUCAACCUGUCAAACUGAGAUUCGAUGUCGAUUCAGGUGUGUUUUAUUAUGCUUUUGUACCCACACAGAAAACAAUUAUAUUAUAA